CAGACGGAAGUAGAAUGGCGACGUAUUUCAAUGUUUCACACGAUCGCGAAAGAAUUGUUUACUUGACGUUCGCAACGCUGAACAGAAGAGGAAAUGACUUGAUCUAAGUUCCCUGAUCAGCUCAACGCGUCCUAUUGAUGGCCACGUUCGUCCUAUCUAUCUCACGUCGCCUAGCCUCAUCUCUGCGUAACUUUUUACUCGUCUUGAUUACUACGGAACUAGUCUACUGGUCAGUGCUUGGCAUCACUCUAGAAGAAGGUCUUCUGAAGUACAAUGCCAUCGAAUCGAAUGAUCAACCCGUACGAACCGCUAGUGAUAAUGAGUUUCUGCAGACGUAUAUCAACUUCCUGUCCUCCAAAAACCCGGGUUUGUAUAUCCCUGUGGCCGGGGCUGGGAUCUUGCUGGGCGCCCUGGGUAACAUUGCGUACUUCGCCUUCUUCUGCAACAAAAAGAAACGCACCUUCUACACACGUGACUCACUCUACUUCCGGCGACUGGCAUUCUUGGAUCUACUCGUUUGUUUGUUUGUUUUGCCUUACAGUAUAGUUUAUGAAAUGGAGCGGGUGAACCACAACUACGUCUGCAAGGUCCUAGAGUACGUCCGUCAUUUCAUCAUCUACUGCGCUCAUCUGGGACUCAUCUCGUACGGGGUGGAGUUUUCUUUACGGCUGGGGUACACAGCCAGCCGAGAAAACAUACAGCGCGCGACAGCUGUCGUGAUCACCAUCUCCGCCAUGUUCUCUAUCCCAGUGCUGUUCAUAUAUAAGGUGGAAGGGAACAAUCUCAACAAGACAGAGUUGGUAGAGAGAGCCAACAAUAUGUACCUCAACAUUGAAGAGGAUGUGGACUUCACCGAGAAAUACGCCGGCCUGGAGCCGGGUUUCUGUCACCUGACCUUCAACUUCGACAGCAGCUCCUCCAGCUACCACUUCAUCGAGCUGGUGCGCAACGGCUACUACCUGACCAACGCCAUCAUGUACGGCGUCAGCGUCGUCUUCUACACCUACCAGGUCAUCCGGUACCUCGACGCCCGUCCCAGCUUCGGCCGGGAGUCGGCUUACGUCCGGUCCACGACGACGUUCAGCCAUCAGAUCCAGUCCCAGAGCUACGAGGACUACGCGAAGCAGGAAGUGGAACACGCAGGCGCGGGUCAUCAACGACGUGGAUCAGCGUAUCAAGCGCCGAUAGAAGAAGAGGAAGAUGAUGAUAACAACUUGACGCAGAACAUGCUCAACAGCGAAGCGUACUGGCGGAUGUGCAAGAAGAAGUUAAAAAUAGGCGGGACGGACGUGGAUGUGGCGUAUGAAGACUUCCAAGCCGGGAACAUUGAAGACUACUGCUGGGAUUUCUCUGAUCUCGCAGACGAGAACAAUUCCAACGUGGAGGAACCGGUGAAGGGUGAUGACGAUCUGAAGGUUCACUUCAACAAGGUGGUGCACACGAACGAGGAGGAGACGCCCGUGGACUCGGCGAAGAUCGCGGCUCCGCCUGUUCAGACAAGGUCCAUUUUGAAGACGCCGGUUACGAAGACGGCACUUAAAAUCAGCUCCUACAAGAAAGCCUUCAUCAUAUUUAUUCUCAUUGAUCUUCUGAUCAUUGCCCUGGCCGUCGUCUGGUUCAUAGCGACGAAGGGCGAAUCGACAGUUCUCAACGCCAUCCACCUGAAGAGCAUCAUCUCGUUCUAUUUCAUGUCCCUCUUCAACCGAGAACUGCGUCGAGCCACUUGGGGGCGGGUCUGCAAGUGCUGCCAGCCAUCGCAGAAGGAUUCGAAAAGCAAGCCCACGGGGCAGGAGUUCUUCGGCAGCAACGUGCGGCAAGAGCUGAUGCAGAAGUGGGGGCGGAUGUCCAUGUCGGAUUUCGCGGACGAGGAGAGUUACGUGUCUGGGGUGAGCGACUUGCCGGAACCGAAGAAUAACGCAGGAGAGGCGCCCCAGCAACCCGGGGUAGUGCAAGAGAAGGACUAUGUCAAACGCGAAAAAGACGUUGAGGUUGUCUAA